CCAUCCUCCCUCCCUCUCUCUCAGAGUGCACUCUAUUUUUCCCGUGCCCCUGUCAUACCCUCUGCCACCCACAGCCGGCCGGAGCACCUUUCCCGCAUGUCGUGUCCGCCCGGUGCGGUCUCCCCGCCCCGCCUGACGUCAGCGACCCCGGGGUGGGGGCGGCUCCCGGUGCGGCAGCGGGGAGCUCGGGUAGCGGACAAUCCGGAGGCGAUGGCCGGGAGCCCGGAGGCGUCCGCUGGCCAGUACUGGCCGCCCAGCCGCGUCCAGGUGACGGUGCUACGGGCCAGGGCGCUGCGAGCGAAGGGCAAGCAGGGCUGCAGCGACUCCUUCACCGUCAUCCAGCUGGGCAAGGAGCGGUUCUGCACGGUGGUGGUGGAGCGGAGCCUGGAGCCGGUCUGGAAGGAGGAGUGCUCCUUCGAUCUGCCGCCCGGCUGGCUGGAGACCGGCGCCGCCCUGCAGCUGCAGCUCACCGUCCUGCACCGCUCGCUGAUGGGGCUCGACAAGUUCCUGGGGCAGCUCACUCUCCCGCUGGCCGCCGUCUACGAGGACAACAGCAAGAAACCCAGGUGGUAUAAGCUGUCCUCGAAGCCCAGUCAGAAGGAGAAGGAACGAGGAGAGAUCCAGGUCAGCAUUCAGUUUGUCCGCAACAACCUGACGGCCAGCAUGUUCGACCUGUCCUCGAAGGAGAAGCAUCGGUCGGCCCUGGACAAACUCAAGGACAAGGUCAAGGGCAAGAAGAGGCACGAGAGCCUGUCGGCGGAGUCUGCCUCGGCCAUCGUCCCGAGCAGUGUGAUGCAGAUCACUAGCGACGAGGAGUUCAGUGAGAAGGGAACACCAGAGAAAAAGUCCAAGAAGAGCUUCUUCUCAAAGCACAAGCUUCACAGGUCGUCACUGACCAAGUCCAAUACUUCGCUGAGCUCACAGCAGAGCAUGAAAUCUUUGGAAAGCAUGAGUAGUAACACCGGGAUAACCAACCUGCCAUCUCCGAAAUCCACCACCUCUCCUGGCAUCUUCCAUCCUCCGCAAACCAAGCCAAUAGACACCAAUCCAUCCUUAGCCAAGGUCCUGACACACAAGAGAGCGCUCAGUGAUGAGGUGAACCAGGCACUCAUAAGCAAUAUGGAUCACUUGGCUCCCAAGACAAGUCCCAUCUCCAGAUCACUGGUCUGCAUCAACGGUAGUCACAUCUACAGCGAAGAGCAUUCCUCAAAUUCCGCCUCCGGUUUAUUCCCAAAGUCUUCCCCUCUGUCCCGUUCCUUCCAGAGUGUCACCACAAAGGCUGGGGAACCUUGGCGGCGGAAUUCAUUCACGGAACCUAAUAAGAAGCAGGGGGAUGCGGGCGAUGGGGAGAAUCCGGAGUUCAAGAUGGCGCCCCCGGUCAUCACGGUGAAUGAUGAGGUUCAGGACCUGGGAGCAAAGGGCCGGAAGAAGGAGGCGGGUGGAAGUGUGCAAGGGACCAAGCCGGUGCACAUCGCUGCUCCUAUUAUUUCCACCGUGGAGCCCAUGAUAAACAGCGCCCCACCCCAAGCCAAGAGGAGUGGCAUCCUUCUGUUCGGAAGUGACAGCAAGGACUCUGAGGCCAGACGAUCCCGGACACCAUCUCCUGUGAGGAAAAGCAGUUCGUUGGCUGAAAAAACAAAACCCAGUGGAUGGUUUCAGAAGGAGGCCAAUCACAAACCAAGUUUAAACUUUGGGGCUCCAGAGAUGUCCGAUGCAUCGAUGCCUUCUCCAAGCACCGCUGGCUCCACUGAAAGAGGCUGGUCAGCCGUUGAAGUACCUGCAGCUGAAGAAUUGAUUCCCUGCAGUCCUCCUUCAUCUACACCGGCAUCCGCUGUGACCACAGCGAGCACGAGCUGCGUCCACGUAUUGGAGCCAUCAGCUAUGUCCGGUCCACCAGCAGUCCCAGACGUAGCCAAGCAGCCUGCUGCCUUCCUUUCCCCAGGACUUGAUGCUGAGAUCAGAGAUCGAGAAGUGCUCUCACAAUGGAUGCCCACAAGCGCUGUGCCAGUGGGCAACUCGAGUGUUCCAGUGGCUUCUGCUGUGCCAAGGAAAAUUGAAACAGUGAGUCUGGAGGGAGGUGAUGCAAAGAGCUCAUUGGUGCAAUUCCCUCUGCACGUUUGCACGUUGGUGCAAAGAGCUGAACUUAACGUCAAAACGAGUCCUUUGGUUGCACAAGUACACGCCGGGCCCAAAAGUGGCAGCUGUCCGACGAACUUGUCUGGCUCAAGGACUGAGAAUGACAUGUCCUCCGGUGUGAUUUGGGACAGUGAAGUUACAGUGGAUGCAGAUUUGAAAACCCAUUCUGUACUGAAUGCUUUUCCUCCAGCCAUGCCUCCCGUGAUGCAAAGCAGCACCUUUGGUGACAGGGGCCUCGAAACGAAAGCCAACCUCACGGAUCAUCUGGAAGAGAUUCUGGCUGAACGACCUGGACAGAGUGAUGCAGACAUACCUUCAGUGCUGCCGGAGGGGGGCAGGAGUGUGAGCGAGGCUGAAAGUAAGCUGCAGGUUGUAGCCACAUCCCCAGACAAGGCCCAAGGUGAUGCGUGCCCAGAUUCUCCACCUGACAGGGUUGGUGCAGGGUGUGAGGGUGGACCAGAAGGUAGAUCGCAGGAGGUAGCCGCGCCCCGUGAGGAGCAACUCCAGAUCAGUGCGGACCAAAGGAAUGCCAUUCCUCACCUGACCGGCCCACCACCUCCGAAGCCACCCAGGUUGCUUGUGUACACCAGCCCGGCCGAGGGGGAUGGGGCCAGCGUGCCGGAGGAUCGACAGGAGAUAAAGAUGCCAUUUGGCUGCGUGGCGACAGCUCUGCAGUUAUCAGAACAACAGGUAGACCGAGGGUUCGAACAAAGAGCCUCCCUUGUGGUCUCCAGCCCAGCUGCUGAUGAGGUAAAUCCUGAACGGACUGACUCUUGCUCCACACCGUCUGACGCUGAGGAACCAGUUAGACCAUCAAAUGAGGCGGUAACCAAGGGGAAGGCCUCUUGUGGGACCUUUGAGCUGAGCCUAAAUGAAAACACAGGGUUUGAGCACUACAAGACCUGUCUUUCGAAACUCUCUGCAGAGGGAAUAGACGUCUCAAUUGGCAGUGAUGGAAAUUCAAGCAAAUUGGAUGUUUUUCAGCAAACUCCAUCUUCAGGGCUAAUUGAAGUCCACCAGCCAUGUCAACUUGUCAAAAUGCAGCCCGCUGCAAUGAAAACAACUGCUGGUGUAAACUCAGAGGAGACUGUCUCAGUGGUCGAGGAGAGUCUGCUGGCAGGUCUGAAGAGACAGCCGGCACUUCCCGAAAGGGAAGACGGCGUGGCCUGGCCUGAUCAGACUGACCGUUCAGAGCAGGUUUUCCUCACGGCCAUCGAGGGUCUGCCGGGCACGCCUGACCCCCCAUUAAAUGAGCGCGAGGGGACGUUGACAAGCGGGGAGGAGUUCCCUGGAGAGUUGAAGACUCAGGAGGAAGAUGGUGCAGGGAAGGAAGGGGGGGAGCCUUCUGCGCAGAGAGACUCGAUGGAAGCGCUCACCACGGAAGCGGAGAGGAGAUGCCAGCAGGCCGAGGCUGUGCAUCUCGAGGCCAGGAUCAGCUCUUCAGAGUUCAGUGAGCUAUUAACAGCUGGGACGAAAAUGGAACAGCACACUGGGGGAGUAGCAUGUGUGUUGGAGCCCUGUGCCGGGGGAGAGGAUUCUGUGUUAAAGCAGUCCGGAGGGGGAGAGGAACCUACCCUGGAACAGUCUGCUAGGGGAGAAGAAUCUGCCUCGGAACUGUGGCCCAACGGAGAGGAACUCUUGUUGGGGCAGCGAGGCAGUGAAGAGGAAUUUGUUUCACAACAGCCUCCUGGGGAAGGGGAACCUUUCGUGGCAGAGAAUUUCCCCACUGCAUCAUGCCCACCUUUGACCAUAAAAGAGAGCCAAGGACGGGUAACAGGAAAGGCAGGCAUCUUGCCCCACGGCGGGCAUCUGUCUGCCCACAACACUGACUUUCAGGCCUUUAAUGACCAGAAGCCCGAGGUGCAGGGGGAUUCCUCAGCAGGAUCCCUCAGACAUUCUGCUGCCAGUGAGACCUCCUUCGAGGAGGGGCUGAGCUUCAAGGACCUUCACCUCCAGUCCGCACCACCCCUCCUGCACGCCACUAACCUCACAGUAGAGCGGACAGGACCCCUUGCACGAAGUAACAAGCCUGUGGCCUUCUCCACUCCUCACCCUGUGGCCGUCACUAACCCUAGAAUAACUGACCUUCCCUCCCCCAUCCUGCCCCCCUCCGACGGUGCCCCGCCCCCUGGGGCCACCCAACGCUCGCUGCAGAACGGUGGUUCGAACGUGGCUCCGCUCACGGUUUUACCUCGGGAGACACGGCCAGCUAAGAUACCCUUCCCGCAGCAGCGGAUCAGCCCUCACCCCGUGAAGCCAAUCACUGCCACGACCCUCGAGGUGACAGAGAAGAAAUCUGGCCGAUCGUGUAUCAGCAACACACUGUCCAGUGGGCUGGAGAAACUGAAGAUCGUGACCACUGGGAAUAGCAGCCCUGCCAAGUUACCUGUGGCUGGGCAGGAGGAUCGGGAGGAAGUAAAGGAAUGUAAGGUGGUGGACCCCGCAGAGCACUACUACCACCUCACACAUGACGAGCUCAUCAAAAAGAUCCUGCAGCAGGAAUCGGAGCUGCAGAAGAAGGAAGAGCACGUGCGAGAUCUGGAGGAGUAUAUCGACCUCUUGCUAGUGCAGAUUAUGGAGCAGAAUCCUAGCAUUCUCCAGUCGGUCAGUGAGAAGAUGAAGAACAAGGCAUCGACCAAAUAAUUCAUUCUUCCUGACUGAGUGCUUGUUGGAAUGACAUGCAAGUAGCGCACCAGAUAUAAAAUAAUGACAUUCUUGGUGCAAAAUGAUCUAUUGAGGAUCAUUUUGCAUUAAGAGGGGGCAGCAGUAAAGAGGUGGGACGGAGGAACAAGGUUCAGUAGAGUCUCUGUUUGAGACUUUGUUUUCACAAUUAAUAUUGGAGGCAAAUUGCUUAGAUUUAUAUGCAUAAGAAGUUCUGACAUAGAGCAACUCUUUCUUAGCUGGCAUUGAUGAGUAUACUACAAAACAGAAAUGAUCAAUUCUUCUUUUGCCGCGGCCACAGUAUGACUGCUUUGCGAAAUGAAGCGAAUAUUUGGGGAAUCUUCCGAGGGAGAUAUCUUUGCUAGGUGUGAGGAAAAAUUGCAGGUGUUAACUGCAUCUAACCCAGCUCCUGUGUCUUUGCAAACUAUCUGAGAUAUUAUAAUUUAAUGGUGUGUUUCCCAUUCACACCUCUCUAGCCAAAUAGUUCUAGUACUUCGGGAAAGGUAUGUACUGUUGGCAAGACUAAUUCCAGUUACCCAAACUAAGCUGACCUGGUGAUUCUCUUUCUCCAGUUUGUUCAGACUGGAAAGCCCUUGUAAAUAACUAGGAAUGAGAACUAUCCUCUAUGCAAUAUCAAUGCCACACUAUUAUGCUGUAAAAUUGGUGGAAUGGGUGCUACCAAAAAUGUACUGAAGCCGAUGCUUUGCUCAUCUGGCCCGACACCAGGCACUGCUUAAGGAACGGCAUCUCGGUGACUGCAGCAUCCUGUGCCGUCCUUUGGAUGCACUAGACUUUAUAAAGGUAGCAAGAUCUGUUCAAGGAAUGGUCCUUUGAGAUGACUAGAGAGCGUGAAUUUGCCACUGUCAAAUAUGAGAGCACUUUCCAGCUAGGUCUGAAUUAGCAGCGGAGCAAGAGCUUAUUUUUGCCCCUUACCAUCCACCACCAGCCCCUGGCACUGUGAUGUGUCUGUGCUGCAAAUCCACUGGCUUCUGGUCUAAGUGGUCGUCGGGGAUGGUGGGAUAGUAGAAAAACGCAACCGUCCAAUUUCUUCUGAGGCAGUUGCAUUUGUUGGAGAGAGAGAAGUGUGGUGGUGCACCUGCCUUCCCAUUGGCGACGCACAGACAUGCACACACACACUUCAGCAAACAGUCAAGAAUCUGAUCACGUGAAGAAUAGCUUUUCUGGUGCUUUUUCAUCUUGAAGAAAAAGAUUACACGUUUUAACAGGAACUGAGAAGAAGACUGUACCAAGUCUCUCAGGAAAUUGAUGAGUAAUACAGCUGCAGUUAUUUUUGUAAGGGGACGGGUGGUUGGGGGGGAGAGUUUGCUUCAGUCUCUAUGCUGAACGCCGUCUAUAAAGAUUACUUAUAGCACGUAUUUUUUGCCUUAUUAUAUUUUGUAUACUCCUAUUGUAGGUUUAAGUAAUUAAAAGCUGCCUGUUCUCAAAGCAAAUCCAUCGAGAUAAAGUUAAAUCUGAGUUAAUUAAAAUUAACUGAAAUAAAGUUAGAGAUUCGAUAUCCUGAACAGCACCUUGAAGCUGCUUCUCUGUGGGUCUUGGUAUUAAAUCGCAUUGUGCAGAAGCAUUACAAGAAGCAAGUUAUGAUCACCUGCAAAGUUUUAUUGUCAAUGUAUGUCUGGAGGAGUGAACAUGCGUUAAUUUAAAAAGUAAAUAAAUACAUAAUUAUCGCAAGGAUUUGCUUUGAGGUGGGAAAAUUCUGAAUCAUUCUCCACUUCCUUAAAACCUCAGUGUCGACUGUAGAGAGCCCUACCAAACUCUGCUGCACACAGCUCGUUGGCAUCUCACGAUGUCCUGCCCUAUUAUCAGGUGUAGAAGCCUAUUUCUUCAAUUGCCUUUGCUGCGUAACUGGUGUAUAUAUAUAUAUAUAUAUAUAUAGAAAUGAGCCUUCAAAAUUGCUACCUGUUAAUAAAAAUAUAUUAAGAAAUAAUAAAAGUAGCUUUUUUCCAAGA